GCCUAAACAUUUACUCUUGGGGAUCUCUCAAGCAAGACUACACUGACUUCCAGAAACAAAACUUUUGGACCUUUUUUUUUGGACAUCUGUGCUAAAAGCUUUCUGAGGAGACAUGGCAUUGGCCGGCCUUCAGCUGUUCGGCAUUACCCUGUGCAUUAUUGGAUGGAUUGGGGCCAUUGUUGCCUGUAUUCUACCCCAGUGGAGAGUGACAGCCUUCAUCGGCCAGAGCAUUGUCACUGCUCAAAUCACUUGGGAGGGUAUCUGGAUGAACUGCGUGGUGCAGAGCACAGGCCAGAUGCAGUGCAAGGUUUAUGACUCAAUGCUGGCCCUUUCCCAGGACCUCCAGGCUGCUCGUGCCCUCACCAUCAUCUCCAUCUUUAUUGGCAUCAUAGGCAUCCUCCUGGCCAUCGCGGGGGCCAAGUGCACCAACUGCGUGGAGGAUGAGGGCUCCAAAGCCAAAAUUGGCUUGGCAGGUGGUGUGAUCUUCAUCAUUGCUGGUGUUUUGUGCCUCAUCCCGGUGAGCUGGACAGCAAACACCAUCAUAAGGGACUUCUACAACCCACUACAAGCGCAGUCUAAUAAGAGGGAGCUGGGAGCUUCACUCUUCAUCGGCUGGGGGGCCUCAGCGCUCCUCAUCCUGGGUGGCGGAUUGCUCUGUGCCAACUGCCCUCCCAAGGACAACUACUCCGCGAAGUACACAGCUCCCCGUUCAUCUGCACCCAAGGACUACGUCUGAGGAGGAGAAAGCCAAAUGAGAAGAUCAAGAGACUGAAAAAAACACUUGAGUCAAAUUCUUUGUGGUCCAGGAAAUGGAUUCAUUUAAUUAAUUACAUAUGAUUUGAAUUUCACUUUGACCUUUUAGUGCUCACAGUUCGGUUUGAUGCCUCCAUGUUGAGUUUUAGCAUGAGCACCACACCCACUCUAUGCUUCUGUGGGCCACAUAAAAAAGUUGGAAUAUUAUUAAUUAACGUGUUUCUUUUACAUUUCAGUUUUAAAUAUUUUUUUACAUGUGACUGUCUGAAACUGUAAAUAAAGUUUUUUUUAAAUCAA